AUGUCUGGGAACGGCGGAGCGAAUACGGGACAGCCAGGCAUGUUGGCCGUCGAGACCCGGUCUUUAGAGACCGUGACCUCCGUCGAAGAACUCCUCCGAAAGGCAAAGGAGGCGCUGGCCAAAGCACCUGACCGACCAAAGCGAAGGCGUGUUCGCCAGCGUUUCCACAAGCGUCUCGGAGACUUGCGGCUCUCUUGCGACGAGGUGACAGAAGCAAAUGAGCGAUAUCGAGUCAUGGCCGAAGAGAUCACGGGCCUAGGGCUCUCAGGUCAUGACGCCAUUACCGGGGACUCGGCCUACCCAUCUGCGACGGACGACGCGGCGAGCGCAGCGAGCGCCUCCGUGACCGCUCCAAGCACGGCCUUCGCGCCGUGGCCGGGGUCCUGGGUCAGCCAUGUCAGCCACGCUUUACCGCCCCCAGGGCUGCAGGCCCAGUCCCCGUGGCCAAGACCACAGGAGCGGCCCCUGAGCGAAGAGCUCCGGGCCGAGAAGGUCGCGGCUCUGCAGCCGCGAUGUAGUGAGGCGGAGCAGCUAUGGCUGGGCGCCUCGCUCCUAACGCACUUGUGA